AUGGGCAAGAAGCGCGACAGAGACUCCCUCACCAAGGGAAACCCCAAGCGCGAUGCCGACGCCAUGGACGAGGACGGUUCCGAAGAAGAGGACUUCGACAUGGUCAACGUAGACUUUGAAUGGUUCAACUUCGACUCCACCAUCGACUUCCACGGCACCAAAUCCCUCCUCCGCCAGCUCCUCGACGUCGACAGCGCCCUCUUCGACAUCUCCGCCCUCGCCGACGUCGUGCUCGCCAACAACGCCGUCGGCUCCUCCGUCAAGGUCGACGGCCGCGAGACGGACCCCUACGCCCUCGUCACCGCCGUGCCCCUCCCCACCCGCCGCCCCGCGCCACCCUCCGUCACAGCCCCCGACGCCCCUUCUUUUACCGCCGUGCUCGAGGACCCCACCGCCGCCGUCGGCCUCGUCGUCAGCGAGCGCCUCAUCAACAUGCCCUCCGAGGUCGCCGGCCCCCUGUACACCAUGCUCCUCGACGAGCUCGACGACGCCGUCGAGGAAAAGGAACCUUACGACUUUACCCACUUCCUCCUUCCCUCCCGCGUCUACUCCGAGGUCCUGCCCGACCCGGACAAGCAAAAGGGAUCCGCUUCUUCUUCUUCCCGUGCCGCCGCUGCUUCGGCCUCGGCCUCGGAUGCCGUCUUUUACUUUCACCCCGAAGACGAGGUCCUGGCCCGCUUCGCGCAAGCUACCGCCUCGUACGACUUUACCCGCGAGGGCGAGGCCAACGCCGAUAGCAAGCGCGCCUUCCAGGACAUGGGCGUCAAGACCCGCGGCGUCGUCAUGCUCUUUGACAAGCAGGGCUUCAAGGCCGCCGUGGCUGCUGUCGCCGAGUUUUUGAGGGUGUGGUCUGUCGCGAAGGAGAGACCGAGAGACGAGGGAACCAUAGUCUUCGAAUAA